CAGCCAUUUUCGUCAAACUGUCCUUUUGCUAAGUUGAUUACUCAAUCUCUACGCGAAACUCCGUAGAGGUUAAGCUUAUGGAAAUCGUUAGAAGAAUCGGUAUUCCCUUUUUGAACGGAGCGACUUGAUACUCCGACUCCCUGGGGAUUGGCCCGUACCCUCAGGAAGAUAGGGAAAUAGGUGAAACUUUAGUGCUAUAAAAGGAGUGCGUGUUACUAUGGCAUUCCUUCAGUAUCACCGUUUACUUCUGUCAAUCUUCUAACCCAUUAUAUUCCACGCGUCAUUUCUACUCCACCCCUGAACAUGGCCGAUCUCGGAAUUUCCGACAUCUUCAAUGUCAAUGGUAUGGUCUUUGUGGUCACCGGUGGUGGGAGCGGUCUUGGAGAAUGGAUGGCCCUCGCACUAGACAAGAAUGGCGCUUCUAAAGUGUUCAUCCUGGGGCGUAGAGCAGAGUCUUUGAACAAGGUGGCACAGAAAGCUGCCAACCGCACGCUUGUUCCGAUAACCUGCGAUAUCUCCUCCAAGCAGUCUCUGAAGUCAGCUGUGGAACAGAUCGAGAAGCAGACGCCGUUUGUCAACGCAGUUAUCGCCAACUCAGGGAUCGCAGGUCCAAUCACUAGCCUACCUCCCCGAUCCCCUGACGCUACUAUCUCCUCAAUACAGGAAGAAUUGUGGAACCUGCCGUUUGAGACUAACCGGCAGGUUAUGGACAUCAACCUUAUGGGAUCAUACUACACCUUCAUUGCAUUCAUGCACCUGCUUGAAGCUGGAAACACACAUGCGGAGAGCCGUGGCAAAAAGGACUUCAUACAAAGCCAGUUCAUCACUGUCGCCAGCAUGGCAGCGUUCAGUCGGAACGAGAACGUUAGCCACCUCUACGCCGCUAGCAAAGCCGCGCUCGUACAUCUGACGAAAACGCUAUCGACUGGCUUUGCAACGAAGGGCAUCCGCGUCAAUUCCAUUGCGCCAGGACUGUACAUCACAGAGAUGACUGAGGCGAGCCAAAUAGUUUCGGACGGCAAAGACUUCAGCGUUCCUGGUAGUAUGCCGGUAGAUGUGCAUCCCAUGACACGAACCGGAGGAGCAAAGGACAUUGCUGGUGCCAUUCUCUUCCUCACUUCUCAAGCAGGCGCGUACGUGAACGGGAAUGUUCUGUUGACAGAUGGCGGAAUGUUUGGUCUUCAACCUAUGACAUACUAA